GUACCGUAACACUGUGAAUAGAGGUGCAUCUCAUUUCGGGCGGUGGCUCACUCGACAGAGUGCAGUCCGCUGUGGAGAUGUGGUCCACAGCGGACUGCAGUUCUCUGGCACCCAUCUUUACCCUUGACCAAUUAUUUUGUUGCACCUCCGCGCGUGUGUGUGUACGCGAAUCCUGAGAUGACCUCGGCAAGGCAGCCUGGAUGUUCGAAGGCUCAGUGCAGCAGCUGCUGCGGCUUUAAGCCCUUUUGGGAUGGGCUCAAUUCAUAACGUCAUUUCACCUCUCCCUCUUUUAUUCUUCGCUCCCUCAUCUCCUUCACUCUCGAAACGACGCCGUCCGCCAUUCUCGCCACAGAAUGACAAUUCCGAACUUUUUUUCCCCCGCGAGCACUUUUCUGGAGCCCAACUUUCGUGGGGUUAGCGCGUCAGAGGAGCAGUGUACUAUGCGGGCCGCUCGCAGACUCCAGGAAGUGCAGCGUUGUCUCUAACCCGGAGGUGCAGCGGGACGAGCACGCAGGAUUGUGCAGCCUGGUCUGAUUCAUCCGCAUCAUGCUCUCUCCUCUCGCGGGGGCUCAGGAUGAGUUCCAUCCGUUCAUUGAGGCUCUACUGCCCCAGGUCCGUGCCUUCUCCUACACAUGGUUCAACCUCCAGGCCAGGAAAAGGAAAUACUUCAAAAAACAUGAGAAAAGGAUGACAAAAGAAGAAGAGAGAGCUGUCAAAGAUGAACUGCUGGGGGAAAAGGCAGAGGUGAAACAGAAGUGGGCCAGUCGUCUUUUGGCCAAGUUAAGAAAGGACAUUAGACCUGAAUGCAGAGAAGACUUUGUUCUGUCAAUCACCGGGAAAAAACCUGCUUGUUGCGUCCUGUCAAACCCUGACCAGAAAGGCAAAAUGAGACGCAUAGACUGUCUCCGACAAGCUGACAAGGUGUGGAGGUUGGACUUGGUGAUGGUCAUCCUGUUUAAAGGAAUCCCAUUGGAAAGCACAGAUGGAGAGCGACUGGUCAAGGGAGGCCAGUGUUCUAAUCCAGUCCUCUGUGUCCAGCCGAGACAUAUCUCUAUCUCUGUCAAAGAGCUGGACCUCUACCUCGCUUACUAUGUGCAAGAGAGAGAGGCCGAGCAGAGCAGCAGUCCCAGUCGCACCGGAGUGGGUUCUGACCAGGAGGACAGUCGAACCGCCACCAUGGAUGGUCCAGAGUUCCAUGAGAGCUUUGAGAGAUCAGGCGUCUUCAGUGUCACUGAGCUGGUCCAAGUCUCAAGAACUCCAGUAGUCACAGGAGUAGGACCUAGUUUCUCUAUGGGGGAGCUGCAGGGUCAUCUGGCCUACGACCUCAACCAGCCAGUCAGCCUCAGACGCUCACUGGCCAGCACCUCAUGCAGCAGGAGUAAGCGGCAUAAGUCUGGCUCUAUGGAGGAGGAGGCCGACAGUCCAGGUGGGGAGUAUUACCACUCGCCUUCCUCUCCUGCCAGCAGCUCCAGGAACUGGACUGAUGACAUGGAAGGAGGUCUGUCUCCUCCAUUGAAGAAAGCAGAGCUGGAAAGUCCUUCUUCCCAGGAAGACUCACCAAGAUUGGGCUCCUUCACUCAGCACCACCGGCCAGUCAUAGCUGUACACAGUGGUCUGUCUCGGAGUCCCCACCCUUCAUCAUCUAUACAUUUCCCACCCACAUCCUACUUCCCCCACGGAGCGAUCCGCUAUCCCCCUCAUCUGGCCCAGGACGCCCUCAAAGAUCUGGUCUCAUUGGCCUGCGACCCUGCCAAUCAAGCUCCCAGCUCACUGAAUGGAGGCAACCAAGGAAAAGUUCCCAGUCACUACAUUUCCUCUCAGAUGUUGGCCCCCCCUGGAAAUGCACCCUCCCUGGCUCCCGCUCCAUCUUCCUUACCCAGGGCAACUCUGGCUGCAGAGUCAAAGGCCACUAGCACCUCCUCUGAUGGAGCAAACUCAUCCACGUCACCCACUGGUCGUGCCUGGAAAACUUCCCUAGGGAGGCGCCCAGGGGGCAUCUUUACCAGAUACCCAAACCCCCUCAACUGGCUUGUUUCUCUAAAGCAUACUCGGCCUCUGGGACACCCCCUGCCAAUCGCACCUCCUUCGUUGGAGUCACUCCCCAAGACCCAGGUGGACUCAACCAAAGCCAGUCCUGGUAUCUGGGCAACUGAGUGAACUGUGGAGGAAAGGUGAUUGCAGCAAUGUCUUGGAGGAAAGGAAACGAUGCUGUCAUGACAUUACCAGAGGAAAAAUAUAUUCAUCUUUGUAGAAGUAUAACAUGUGGUCGUACAUAUAUAUAUAAAUAUACAGUGUGGUAUAUUUGUAUGUACCCAGAAGAGACAUCCUGGAUGAAAGACUCAGCCGUGUUCAAAACACAGAGUGAACUAUGCCAUAAAUAUUUCUCACAAAUGACCACUGGAUGGAGUUGGGAGUUCAGUGGACCAGAAUCAGGCCUCAACAAACCACAUCCUAAAAUACCUGUAUCCUAAUUAUGUUCCCGGGAUGAGGUCCGUGUUCCUGGAAUGGAUGUCAGGCUUUAGCGUUGUACCCUGGGUCUCUACACAGUAAAUGCAGCAUAAGGACUCCUCCAAACAACUUCAUACACCCUCAACACCCAGAAUGUCCCUCUCCCCACCCGUUGCUGCUAAUAAUAUAUAUGCAAACAAGCCUCCCUUUUUUCUGAACCCACCAAAAAGAGAUAUCCUUCUGUUGUAAUGUUUAUUAUUCACACUUUGUAAUGUUAUGGAUACAUCAAAAGACAAUUUAGCAUUGAAAAUGAGCAAUUGUCUCACUAAAAGACUGAUGCUUUGUCUUUUUCAUUGACAAUGAGCCUAAAACCAUUAUGUUGCUUCGUUAAGCGUAUGUGUUUGAGACUGAUUUAUGAUAAACAGGAUAUUUAAACAAAGAGUAACGAUGGAAUAGAAAAGUAAUAUUCCAGCCUGCUCAAACACAUCACACAGUGCUACAGUUGAACACUAGUGCGUGAGGCCCACUGGUACUCAGGUACCCACGACGGGCUGUGCUAUGGUUACUACAUUUACACCCUCAUCGCUGCUCGGUUGGGGAGGAUCUCUAGAUUUGGUUUGAGAUUAUGUGACGGUUAAAACUGUGGGUUGUUCAUUUUGUAAAAUGCCGGUGCUUAAGGCUCUGAACGACUUAAAGCUUUUCGUCCAGCUAGAGAAUGGUUUAGAAGCCAACUGACCUGACCAGUCUACUGCAGUAGUGUUUGUGUUGGGGUUCAGAUGAACACAAGGACAGCUUAGCUGCAGUGGUAUGAUUGGUUUUCAGAUCAACCUUUAGGGUUUAACACAAAUCAAUCAGCUAUUAGCACGAGUUUCCUUUCUCUGUAAUAUCGUGACACAAUAUUACGAUAAUGACUGCUUUAGUGAGGCACGGCAAUAUAUUCUGGCGUUGCAAAGCUUAAUAAUGUUUGAUAUUUUAUAGCUUAAAAGCUUCCAUGCUGCAUGUUAACUCAGUGGAUAGCAACGACUCAGUGUAUGUGUCGUCGUCAAAAAUCUGAAUGUAAAAGAAAGAAAUGAAUGGUUUAAAUAUAGCGAUAUUGAUAUUUGUCAGUUAAAGUCUACCCUUCCACCAUCACUUUGGAGAUGAAACACUGAUUAUUAAUUAAAAUUGUAGGUUACAAUAUUUAAUAAUGUUUUCCAUACUUCAAUAUCUGAUGCUCUGCAAAUAAAAAGCAGUCAUUUAAAACGUGUCGCCCAAGGAUGUUGAAAGGUGUUUAGGUGUUUAAGUGCAAGCCAAUUUGCGUUAUUCACAUGAAUUUGGCCGCCGGAGUGGUUCUGCAAGACAUCAUAAUCGUUUAUUUGGUCGCUUGCUUUUCCUAUCGAAACAGUAAGGGAGAAGUAAGUAUAUUUUUAUUGUACUUGUUUUACAGGAAUGGUCCCACAGGUGCCCUCUAUCUGCCAGAAAAGGCCCCAACCAAAAUUGAAUUGCACCACUUCUUACCAGUCAGUCAGUCCAGUGUCAGCUGGACUUGAUGUACAUCCAUUGAAGAGUAGUGCAGCGUUGUCAGUGGAUAUACUGGAUUUAUUCAACAACUUCCCUCUGGGAAAAUAAUUGGUCAUUGCAGGUGAAAGAUAUCUAUCGAAGCAGGAACAGUUUUUGCCCUACUCCCCUUUCCUUUUCUACAUAGACAGUGGAUUGCAGGGCUGUUUAUUUCUUUAGAUUUUGAGAAUUGGCCUGUCUUAAACUUCUAUUAUGCACGAUAUUUCUUCAAACACAUCAGGUGCCUUGCCCUUUAGUUAAAGAACAAUAAUACAUUCUGGAGAAAUGAUAUACUUUUCAUGAUAAAGAUAGUAGCGUGUACAAAACAACACUAAAAUUAGCUGCAUGAUUGCUUGACAUUAACCAGUGUAGUAGGUACACCGAGGCAGCCUCUUAACUGCAAGCUCAAAGAUAGCUUCCAUUAGCUUCAGGACCACGCUCAUUCUCUGGUACCCAUUCAUAUGGAGCUACCAUACACAGAGCCACCUGCCUAUCAGUAACUAACGUAGAUAACAUCUCUGUGAUUUAAUUGAUGUUAAACACAGCAGAUAAUUCUGAGCCUAUUAUCUCAAGAUCCAUUCACUACUUUUGUCCAUUCAAUUACACACCUCAAAGAUUUCAUCUGCCGAUGAGUCGGCUGUAGAGUAGUGACAAGUAUAGAUCUUUGGUUUGCUGAACACAAGUCGUCACAUAUUUAUAUCUAAAUCCAUAUCUGGGUUCUAGGAUGACAUUAUGAUCUUCCCUCCAGAUUCUGUAUUUCAAGUUCCAUACUUUGAUCAUAUGACAAGGGUACCAUCCCCAUUAGAGCAGAGCUAGACUUAAGGUUAGAAAUUACCUGGAAACAUUUAUGUGUUUGGUACAACUAGAAAAGCAUGAUGGCACCAAAAGAUCCUGAACUGUUCCUGUAAGUGGGGGUGAUGACGAUCAGGUGGGGAUUUUAUCUCCAAGCUGUUCGUUCAGUAGUUCAACUGUUUUAAGUUAAGGAGAUCGCUCUUAGUUGUUUGUGGACAUUGACAACAUUGCUGUGUGUGACACGCUGUUGAAAAUGAACUGGAUGAGUUUUGCCUUUUCAAGGAGGAAGCCAAUGUGUUGUGAAUGAAACACUAUUGGGGGUACAGUUUGGCUACCUUGUAUCCUAAAAUAGCACUUUAGAAAAAGCCUCAAGUCUGCUGGUUAAGUAUUCCCUAAUUGUUCAAAUCCUGUUUUAAUAUUCAGUAAUAAACACAGUGUUAGUAUUUACUUCAGAAAAAGUUUUAAAAGUCCAAGACAGCUUCUUGACUACCCAGUUCUGGCCACGAGAACCGUCUCUUAGAUUGCAUAACUUUACACAUGUGAGGAAUUGUGAUAGAUGACUUUGAGUUUAUUAUAUAAAUGCAUGCACAUAAUAUUCUUACUCAACUUAACUUUUAGGUCAUUCAGUUUUCAUUUUUAAAGUUACCAUGUUGUUGGUAGCCUAAUAGUUUUAACCACAAAUUAAUGAAACAUAGGCUUAUGUCUUAAAAAGGAUGUAUAGAAUUUAUUUAGAUUUUCUUUAGGUGGUGACCCAGCUGCAGAGCAGGGGAGCAUUUUUUAUGGGUAAGAUAGACGGUAGGCUGCUUGUAAAGUUUAGCCAUGUGAGGGAUGAUGAAUGAUUGUAGUAGAAAAGAGACACAUGCAUACCUCCACUACGGUGGCACGAUCAUGAAAAUAAUCCUCAAAACAUUGAUUGGACAUUGGAUUGGAUUUAGGUCAAUAAGUGAUAGACCCCGAUGUGGUGCCGAUGACCUUUUUUAUAAUUCUAUUGGGGCUUUGAAUGUGAGCAGUACAAUGGUAUCAGACCUGAUACCAUUGUACUGCUCAAUGGUAUCAAAAAGGUCUUUGGUAUAAUUGGACUUGCAGUUCUCUGGCAAAUUAAAUGCAAAUGACCACAUGAAGACGCUAUCUCUAAAGAUGUACACUUGACAUAAAAAUUUGUCUCAGUUUUUCUAUGAAAGUAAAGUCUUGAGAAUUAUAUGAAAAGGGUGGUAAAGCCAAGGCUGUGAAAUCGGUAACACCUGGUAUGGAGGCCGUGAAACUCAUGUCCAUGCCACUUGAAAAAACUGGACAAACACAUUUAAUGAGGUGAACAGAAUAAUAUGUCACGCAACAUAAAAGAUAAACAUCGCCAUGCAUUUAAAUCACCCCCAAUUGCAAAGGUUAUGUAUAUUAUGAAGCUUAUGGUGCAGUGGCUUUGUGGGUGAUGGCCGAGAUUACUGAAGACAUUGUACUUUGAGAAUCUCAUCACUGCUUCAUUUGGUCUGAGGUUCCCCUUAUACCCUAAUUAAAGACAAAUUAGGGUAUGUAAAUUAUAACGCUGGACUUGAAGAGAUGAGGUUUGAAUGCGUCCUGACGUUAAGGAGAAGUUUGAUUCUUCUUCAGCAGGUUAUAAAGUUUGAAUCCACUUUAUUUUUAUUCCUUAGUGAGUCAAGUGUUUCUAUUCAUGACAGCAUCGUGCUGAAUUAAAGAAAAAUCCACCAAGUUGGGAGGUUGUGUGAGCUGCGCGGGAUGUUUCUUCAUUCCAUGUUACAAGAUGAACUGAAGAGACAUAUAAUUAUUAUAAGGGAAGCACCAGCCACAAGCAAAAUUGCACAAGACAUACAGUAAGGCCAUGCCUCUAAAGUAUAUCAAGCACACUCUUGACCAGGUGAAGUACCGUUGCAGGUCUCGGCGACUGUGGACACUGCUGGUGAGAAGAUGCUCCACUUUGAAUGUGACAAUUACAGUUAACUCUUGUGAGAGGGAAAAUUGGAGGAAUUAACAAUUAUCGACUUUAGUGUGUUCAGGAGACCUCAAUUCAAAAGUGUAGUGAGGUUAGAAUGACUUUUCAUCACAAAACUGAACUUGUUUAGAGAAUAGUACACAUCAGUUUAGGGCAAGUAAUGAGCUCUCAGGUUCAUAGGACAUCACACCAUCACUUUCUCUGCUCUAUUUGAAUUGACUAGCAUGGAGACACCAUGGACUGAGAAUGACAGUGCCUAUCAUUUGACUUCUAGUUUCCUCUUACUUACUAUGGAGUGCUUUGCAAUAUAUGUUGGUCCUGUACACACUUCAGUCUUGGGUCUGGUGCUCAUCACUAGCCCUGGCCUCAAGACUGUACUGUGCAGGUCCUGAGGUAACAAGCCAUAGACAACCCAAAGAGUUGAAGGAAACAGACUAGGAUUCAUGUUUCUUCACUUAUGUUGGAUCAUGUUGACAGACCUAAACCCCUAUAUGCUUUAGCUCUUGUUCAGCACACAGAUCUCAUCGGGCCUUUUCACAAAACAUAUUUUGACAGUUGGAAAAGCUUUAUUCUCUAGUAUUGGACUUGUGCUCCAAUAUCACAUUGAAAGAUCUUUUACUGGGAGCCGUUGUUAGUGUUAGGACAGUAGACCUGUAGAGACAGGUAGAACUAUCUACAUGAAAAGCUCAUUGCACACAUAAUAGUAAUUAUAUGAUACAUUGUUGCGUCAUACUUUUUUGUUACUUGCAUUUUAAGAUAAAUUCUGGGGACAGGGAGCCAGGAAAUUGGAAUGCAAUUGCUAUUGGCAUUUAUAAUCUUCCUAAACUAAUUCCUAAACAUCUUGAGUGUUAAGUUGUGACUGCACAGAAAUAAACUGCAGGGAAAGUGCUCCUCCUCUCAGGAACUCCUGAUUGAGUCCAAGGUGAAACAAUACCAGCAUUGGCAUUGCAGCUAAUAAUGAUGCACAUAAAGAUGCAGUAAUGUGUUUAGCCAUUAUGUACUAUUUAGCUUUUGAUCCAGCAUUGUUUCAGCGUUUGAGUUCUUCUGCAACAAUUUGUUAAGUAAAUAUCAGUAGGAACAAAUCACUGCAUACAGGGUCAUUCUAAUCUUCUUUACAACCUUGAACUAUUUACUAGCUGUUGAUUGACAUUAUUAUACAUUCAUUCAUUAGCCCUUCUUAAUUUCACCCUGUCUAUUUGGGGACUACUGACGAUUACGAGUACCUUACAGUUUACUCUUACCACCACACUUUUAUGGAGGAAAUACCUGUAUGUUCCAUGCAGUUGUUCGUAUCUCCAGUGUUAAUAGCACAUCCACUAGAUGAUGUUGUGUUUAACUCAGUUGAAGCUGCUAAGAUGACGUGAUUGUAGUUUUGCCCGGAUGGCAGGUUCUACCUUUAUGGGAAUAUAAACUCUAGGAAUUCAAAUUGUUGGCUGAGCUUCCUUCUACAUUUGUCUUUUCUCCAUAAUACAAACUUAAUUAGGGGUCGACGUGGCGCAGGGGUAGAGAGGGUGUGGUGGGAACCGCAAGGUUGGUGGUUCGAGCCCCGGCUGCUCCAUGUCCCAUUUCAAAGUGUCCCUGAGCAAGACGCCUAACCCCUAAUUGCUCCCUGGGCAAAAUGUUAAAAAAAAAGCCAUGGGUUAAAAGAGCAAUGUAAGUGGCUUUGGAUAAAAGCGUCAGCCUGACCUGUAAUUUAAUGUAAUGUAAAUGCUGUUAGCAGAGACCAACCAGGUUUGUGUACAGCUCUUGUUAAGAUGCAUCAUAUCACAAUGACAACUUCAACCCAUGGAACUGUUUUGUUACGGUUGGCGUUGUAAGCCAUUUGUAACAGAACUAUAGGGGGUUCUUGUUUGGUUAGCUCAGCAACCACAGUCGAUCGGAUUUGAAGCUGAAUGCUGUGUGGUGGAAAGGGGUGUCCAAACAAUUACAAGGGAUUGGGGCAUGUUUUCACACAGGGCUCUUUUUUCUAUAAACUACAAAUGUCAUUCAACAGAGUACCCUACUGCUAUUGUUGCCUCGAAACCUUGUAACUCCAAUAUAUAUGUUUCUUUCUGAUAUUUCUUAACGGAGUUGUAUUUUUUUAAUUGCCCGUCAAAACCUUUUGUGUAGUUCUGACUUUAAAGACAUAUCUUAGUUACUGAAAGUGCUACAAAUUUCCUGUUGGAGAUGCCAUGUUGAUUCUUUUCUGUAUGUGCCGGUACAUUACUUUAGCAUAUGUACACUCAAUGUGCUGGAGAGAACCUUUUAAAUCCAGUGUCAUAUUUCUCAUAGCUUUUGUGAUAUUUUAGUAAAGGACUGCUUUGCUUGAUUCCAGAUUUAUAUGCCUUAGAUCAGAGAGAGCAUAGGUAUGAACAGAUUUCAUCAAUUAUUGCUUGCCACAGUCCACGAACACAGACCUUUCACAUGAACUGCACAUCUCAGUACUAUAAAAGACCAACAAUAAAUAUUUUGUAAUCAAUACCUCAAAUCAAUAGACAAGGGUGAGGAAAAGCCCUUCAGUUUAUAUACAUUUCUGAGUACCUCAUAGUGUAUUUACCUUGGGCCAUUUCUCAAAAACAACUUCCUUGUUUAACUGUACCACUUAACCUGCAACACACUUUUAAUUGACACCGGAUGGCCAUCACAUAAUAAUACAUGACUUGGUAUACCAAUAUGAUAAAGUUUUAGAUUGAUAGAGAUAGUAUUAAAGCCUGGCCUGGACUGAGAUGUUUGCUGUGGAAAAGACUGCUGCUCUGGCCUGGAUGUAGUUUGUAGCAACUUUGACAAGAGCUUUAAGUACUUUGUCCUUUGAAUGUUUUCAGGUGAAGCUAAUGUCAGAAAUCAACCUUUAUUUGCAUGAUGUAAAUGGUUCCUCCUCAACUGCAUUUAGAAAUGACCAUCUAAACUAAAGUCACAAGGUAGUUCUCAAAGUCAAGGGUCUUUCCUUGAUAGGUGUGGCCCUGUCAAGUCAGGUCCUACAAAGGUUUAUAGCAAGAUCAAAUUUUUGCAUUCAGAAAGCCACUUGGCACACUAAAGGAUUUAUUUUGGUUGCUAUUGUUGCCGUCCUCAUAAUAGCACGCUGAAAUGGUAAGAGUAGAUCUAGCUUUUAACUUACGCCCUUUAGAUUUAAUAUACAGCACUAGUCAACAGUUUGGACACCCCUUCUGAUUCAUUUGAAUGAAAAGGUAUGUCCAAACUUUUGUUUGGUACUGUGAGGGAAGAUCCAGCAUUGAAUUGGGAAUGUUAUGCCUCAAAUGUUUAGAAACCGAUUUUGGUGGAGCUUCUGCAGGUAUUUUAGAAGUGCGGAGGAUACACACAUGCUUGAAAUGCCUCAGAGCAAAGAACUUGGUCCUUGACUUUGAGAAACACUCAUGGAGUGACAACUGUCUGCUCAAGGUUGGACAUUCUCUUCUAGUUUGAUCGGCCCAUUGUUUGAGUGACAGCUGUCAGAACCAUUAUCUGACCUAAGGUCAUUAUGCUGUGGGGGAUCUUAAUAUCUUUGAUAAGAUAUCAUUGUAAUCAUAUUGCAGUAACUGCUGAUGAGUUCAUUUCCGGAAAUGAGUAUAUUUCCCUAUGCAAAAGAAUGUACCAUGAAUAAACCAGAUAUACCACAA